AUGGAACAGCAAAUGGACAAGGUAUCAAGCAACAGGGCUAUGGUGCUCAAGCUGGUGGUUAUGGUGGACAAGGAACUAAAGGCAAUGGUUAUGGUGCUGGAGCUGGUGUUCUGGGUGGGAAUGGAGUUAAAUCCAGUGGUAAUGGUGCUGCAGCUGUUGCACAGAAUGGACAUGCAACAAAAGGCAAUGGUCAAGGAGCUGCAGCUGGCCCAUCCAUUGGCAAUGGGGCAAGACCAAAUGGGAGGGGCUGGAAGUAAACCCAUGAAGGGAUAUGGCCGUCCACCUUAUGGGGCAGGUCCAGGUGUGGGAAUGGGAACCUCCAGAGGUUUGGGAGUACCCCAGCUUGCCAGGAACCAAGGGAAAGUAUAUGGCAGUAAUGGUUAUAAUGGUCAUGGAGCUCAGCCCAUGGGAGGCUACAAUGGUGGUUAUGGCCAUGCUGGUAUGGGUCUAGGAUCUCGGUAUGGAAAUGGAGGAAUGAAGGGACCAAAGCAAGGCUACAAUGGUGCAGCUGGUGUGCCCAGUGGACAAGGUGCAAAACCCAAUGGUUAUGGAUACCCGAGUGCUGGAGCUACCAAGCCGGCAAAGCCAGGAUAUGGAGGGCCAAGCAGAGGCUUAAAGCCUCACACUACCAAAGGAGUUGGAGCAGUGUCACCCAGCGAAGGCACUAAAACACUUGGCACCGGCUAUGGUGCUCCUGCUGGUGCACCCAAUGGACAGUUUGCUAAAGCAGCCAGUACUGGUUAUGGCAUGAUGCCAAAUGGGAAGGCUACAAAGGGUGCAGGUGCUUUCAAAGGACUGGGCCUAAAAGGUGGAGUUCUUUCUCCUGAGCAGCCAAGUGCAGCACCACAGGAGGGUGCUGUACCUCAACAAGCAAUAACUCAAGGUGCAGCGCCUGUUGCCCCUGAGCCAACCAAUGGUAUCCUUGUUAUGGUGACACAGGAGAAAUACCAAAAGCUGCCUUUACCUGUGCCACAAGGAAAAAGCUACAAGCAGAUGCCGCUAAUCCCUCAGGCUACACCAGAAGCAGCACCGGUGCUUCCACAAAGCAAUGACCCAAAGCCUGCACUCGAACCCACACCUGAACCUGCACCCAUGGGUCCACAGGGCAAGGGUCCGAAAGCAGCCACAUCUGGACCCGCACCGGUGGUUCCCCAGAGUAACCCACUGCCAGAGCCAGCAGCUGCUCUUCCUCAAGGUUAUGUGACUGGAAAUGCUGUGCCUGAGCAAAAAGGUGCAGAAACAGACGUUCUCUUUGGGGUAGACAGCACUGGUGAGGGGGGAGCUUCCCCUGAAAGCACCAAACCGCUGAAAACCAAAGUUGUUCCUGAAACAGUGGCAGCUAAAAAUACAGGGGGCAUCAUUCCUGAAGAGACACUGACUGUGGGUGUGCCUGAGGUUGCCCCAGAAGAGGCAAACAUCAAGAAUCAGCCUGAGGCAGGACCUGACAGGCACGGGGUCAAAGGUCUCCCUGCAGGAGAAACUGGGGCAACUGACAGCAGAGGAGGAACCUCACUCUCCAAGGGACAGGGAGCUAAAUCAGCCAGACCUGACUGUGGACCAUCUGGAAUACCAAAUGGACAAUGGAUGAAAAUACCUAGACCAGGUUAUAAUGCAGGUGCUGGAGCAUCCACUGGCACAAAAACAAAAGGAUACAGUGCUAGUGCAGGGGGGUAUUCAAAUGGAGGAGGAGCUAAAGCAAACAAACCAGGUUAUGGUGCAGGAGGCUACACUGUCCCUGGACUCAGCAAUGGAUAUGGAGCUGGGCUUAGAUAUCCUUAUGCGGGGAACCCUAAGCAGCCUGGUUAUGGACAAGGAGCUUACCUUGGAGCUGGAUAUGGAAAUGGAAAUCCAUAUGGAGGGAAUGCUAAUGUGGGUGAAGCAGGCAAAUCCAAAUCAGGAUAUGGAAAUGGCUACAGUGCUGGUGUACAGCCUGACUAUGCAAGUCUUGGCCAGGGUGUACCCGCUGCUGAUGCCAAAUCAGGUGGUGCCAGACAGAUUCCUUACAAUGGAUCCCCAGUGGUUCCUGCUGGACUAGAUGGAAUUAGUCAGUUUGAGCCUCAGUCUGCUGGCCUUGGUCCAAAUGGGAAAUUGGGCAGCAUGUAUGGGGGAAUGGGUGGCUUGCCUUUUGGUGGUCAAACACUUGGAAUGGGUACAGAGAAGUCAAACACGAAGUACGGCAUUGGUGGGCUGCAGUUUGGUGGACAACCCCUCAGUACAGGAGGUAACGGUGCUGGAAAGUAUGGAUAUGGUGGAGGACCAUAUGGGCCUACAGGUGAUGCAAAAUCAUCUGGAAAGUAUGGUGGUCUUGGUGCUGGCGUGGGAGGGGAUCCUGCACCUGGAAAAUACGGAUAUGGUGGGUUCCCUAACGGUGGACAACUUCUCGGUCUUGGCAGUAAUGGAAACAUAGCUGGAAAAUAUGGUUACGGCAGAAUGCCUCAUGAAGCAGCUGGAUCGGGCCCUGAAGCCAAAUCUACUGGCAAAUAUGGUAUGGCUGGGUCACCAUAUCAGCCUGAAUCUCUCGGACUUGGACAUAAUGGAAAGUUAACAAGCAAACAAGGUGGCGGUGAAGUUCCUUAUGCACCACAAGCUCUUGGUUUUGGGGGUGACGCAAAAUCUGCAGGGAAAUAUGAUAACCAGGGAGUUUACCAGUCACAGCCCCUUGAAUCUGCAACUGAAGUCAGAUCUGGGGGAGAAUAUGAUGCAGCUGGUUUACCUUAUGAGUCCCUGCCUCUCGAGCCAGAUUCAGCAGGAAAAUCCUAUGUAAAGGGAGAGCUACCAACUCCAGCAAUUGCUGUUGAAGGCGAAGGGGUGUCUGUUGACAGAUAUGAAAAUGUGGGCUACAUAAACGGACAAGUGCAGCCAGAAGUUGUUGCAUUUCCUGCAGCUCCCACUCCCAGCCCCACCUUGGCCUACCCUUCUGUCCCAUCCUAUCCGCCAGCAGAGUCCUUCUUCACACCCGAUGUAGUGCCUGGAGUGGAUGUUGAAGACCUGCCCAAUCCCACGGGCACUGCCAGCCUUGGCCUUGAUUCUGCACCUGCUACAGAAACGGAGGGUGUGGUUCAAGUGCCCGAGCAACCAGAUGACCUGCAGCUGCCACGUCAGAUACACAUUCAACAGCAUCUCAAACUCCAUUUUCACCCACAAGGCACACCACAAGGAGCAAAGAAUGGCAAAUAUGAUUUGAAUGGCUUCUUUGGAAAUAGUGGCUAUCAAGGUUAACUGUGCUGACAGGGACAAGUAUAAUCUCUCUUUUCUGCCAUUGUAUAUUUUUUUUGAUUGUUUCCUGGUUGUAUAUUAUUUCUAUUUUCUCCUGUCUGUCAAAUCGUCCUGGUAGCCAUAUUUUGAGUUGUUAGGUUUUAGUGUAAAUUUUUAUGCAUCCUGCGUUACCUUUUUGUCCUGCACUUACUGUUCACUGUACAUGCAAAGAAGUGGUUGUUGGAGAAAUGGAGUUUGGCUGCUGUGUGUGGGCAGUGAUUUAAUUUAAUCUAUCAGUUUUACCUGGAAGCUCUCAUCUCAAAAUAUUUCUAUAAAACCUAAUUCAGUCUAAUUUAUUUUGCAUGGGAAAGGGUUUUUUAAACUACUUGUGACAAGCAUCUGUUUAUUAUUGUAUAGUAUUUGACUGAUUAAAACCAUCAAAUA